CUUCUGUUGCCAUCUUCAGAAUGAUUCCCUGCAGAGCAGCGCUGUCUUUUGCGCGAUGUCUGAUCCGGAGAAAAAUCGUCACUCUGGACAGUCUAGAAGAUACCAAACUGUGCCGCUGCUUAUCCACCAUGGACCUCAUUGCCCUGGGCGUUGGAAGCACUCUGGGUGCCGGGGUUUAUGUCCUCGCUGGCGAGGUUGCCAAAGCGGAUUCUGGCCCCAGCAUCGUGGUCUCCUUCCUCAUCGCUGCGCUGGCUUCCGUGAUGGCAGGCCUAUGCUAUGCUGAAUUUGGGGCCCGAGUUCCCAAGACUGGGUCUGCCUAUUUGUACACUUACGUUACUGUCGGAGAACUGUGGGCCUUCAUCACAGGCUGGAAUCUCAUUUUAUCUUAUGUGAUAGGAACAUCAAGUGUUGCAAGGGCUUGGAGUGGCACCUUUGAUGAACUUCUUAGCAAACAGAUUGGUCAGUUUUUCAGGACAUACUUCAAAAUGAAUUAUACUGGCCUUGCAGAGUAUCCUGACUUUUUUGCUGUGUGCCUUAUAUUACUUCUAGCAGGUCUUUUAUCUUUUGGAGUAAAAGAGUCUGCUUGGGUGAAUAAAGUCUUCACAGCCAUUAAUAUCUUGGUCCUUCUCUUUGUUAUGGUCGCUGGGUUUGUGAAAGGAAACGUGGCAAACUGGAAGAUUAGUGAAGAGUUUCUCAAAAAUAUAUCUGCAAGUGCCAGGGAGCCACCUUCUGAAAAUGGAACAAGUAUCUAUGGGGCUGGUGGUUUUAUGCCUUAUGGCUUUGCAGGAACUUUGGCUGGGGCUGCAACCUGCUUUUAUGCCUUUGUGGGAUUUGACUGCAUUGCAACAACUGGUGAGGAAGUCCGGAAUCCUCAGAAAGCUAUUCCUAUUGGAAUUGUGACUUCUCUGCUUGUUUGCUUUAUGGCCUAUUUUGGGGUCUCAGCAGCUUUAACACUGAUGAUGCCAUACUACCUCCUCGAUGAGAAAAGCCCCCUUCCUGUAGCGUUUGAGUAUGUUGGAUGGGGUCCAGCCAAAUAUGUCGUUGCAGCAGGCUCCCUCUGUGCUUUGUCAACAAGUCUUCUGGGUUCCAUGUUUCCUUUGCCCCGAAUUCUGUUUGCCAUGGCCCGGGAUGGUUUACUGUUUAGAUUUCUUGCCAGAGUGAGUAAGAGGCAGUCACCAGUAGCUGCCACAUUGACUGCAGGGGUCAUCUCUGCUGUGAUGGCAUUUCUUUUUGACCUGAAGGCCCUCGUGGACAUGAUGUCCAUCGGCACCCUUCUGGCCUACUCUCUGGUCGCAGCCUGUGUUCUCAUCCUCAGGUACCAGCCUGGCUUAUCUUACGAGCAACCCAAAUAUUGUCCUGAGAAAGAAGCUCUGGGAUCGUGUGCCAACCCUGCCUCCAAAAGCGAGUCCCAGGUCACUGUGCUGCCAGGACAGGGCUUCAGCCUGCGAACCCUCUUCAGUCCCUCGCUUCUGCCCACAAAACAGUCGGCUUCUCUUGUGAGCUUUCUGGUAGGAUUCCUUGCAUUUCUCAUUUUGGGCUUGAGUAUUUUGACCACGCACGGAGUCCACACGAUUGCCAGGCUGGAAGCGUGGAGCCUCGCUCUUCUUGUGCUGUUGCUUGUUCUCUGCGUUGCCAUUGUGCUCAUCAUUUGGAGGCAGCCUCAGAAUCAGCAAAAAGUAGCCUUUAUGGUUCCAUUCUUACCGUUUUUGCCAGCCUUCAGCAUCCUGGUGAACAUUUACUUGAUGGUCCAGUUGAGUGCAGACACCUGGAUCAGAUUUAGCAUUUGGAUGGCGCUUGGUUUCCUGAUUUACUUCGCUUAUGGCAUUAGACACAGCCUGGAGGGUAAUUCGAGGGAUGACGAUGAUGAUGAAGAUAUUUAUUCAGACAACAUUAAUGCAGCGACAGAAGAAAAAUCUGCCAUUCAAGCAAAUGACCAUCACCAAAGAAACCUGAGUUUACCUUUCAUAUUCCAUGAAAAGACAAGUGAAUGCUAGUACCUGCACGAGCAGAGCUGGUCCACAGUCUUCACGUACAUAUCCUACAUGGAGUGAACCAUGACGGAUGUCAUCGUCAUGCUAGGUUGUCAUCAGUUUGCUGCAGACACAGUUCACCCUAAUUUAUACUUACUCACCUGGACAGCACCUCCUCAGAUGGUGAAUUAUACAUCCAGGGAAAACACCCUGAGCUCGCUCCUCAGUGAUGAAUAUUCCCCGAAUAGUGGGAUUGUGGGAGUGUGUGUGUGUAUGUUUGUAUAUGUUGGGGAAUAUCAAUGUUAAAAGUUGUUGGUGUUUUACUAUUAUUGUAUUGCAUUUUUUCAGUGUUGUCAUUAAUCGGUAGCGUAUACUGCACAUACUGAAAUGGAGAUAAUCACGGAAUAGAAAAAUAUUUUGUAUGUGCUGGGUGUGGUUGGGGAAAUAGCUGUUGCUUUUCCUUAUUAGGCUUUAUUAAUGUCAAGUUAGAACAUGCUAAAAAUGCAUUUACCCAUCACAGUGUCUGUCAUUGGUCUGGAGUAAGAGGAGGGGAUAGGAAAUGAGCCUUUUCUACAACUUAUAAGUGCCAGCAGUGGGUUUAGUACAGAUUUUUCUUCCGUGAGGUGUGACAGUUUGCUAAAACCUUCGCCAAUAGGAGUGUUCGUGUCUGCUGUACUGCGCAGGGCAGGAGUGGCCCUCUGUGUCAUCAGAUGUCAGGCACCCCUUUGAACUGCUGUCUUCUUUGAGAACAGUGGUCCUUAAAUGUGAGGCCUUCACCUUCUGUGAAUGAUAUAUUCCCCCCUGCCCUGUCCCAGUCCAGUCAGAGGCUUGGGAGAGGUAGUGUGAUCUACUUGGGACCCUUUGUGCUAGAGAGUGAGUGUGGUCCCCGUGGGCAGGAAGCUCAUGUAAGUGGCAAAGAUGAGGAUAUGUUUGAAGAUCAGAGUAGACAUGUGCUUGGACAAGUAGACCCCAAGCACCCCUUUUUAAAAAGUCAGUUAAA